AUGGACUGGGCUAGGAAGCUUGGUGAUGCUCUCUCGGCAUAUCGGACGGCAUUCAAGACUCCUAUUAGCAUGUCCCCAUAUCAGUUGGUCUAUGGUAAAAACUGUCACUUGCCAGUUGAGUUGGAGCACAGAGCGUAUUGGACAAUAAAGUUCCUGAACUUUGAUGCAAAGGCUGCAGAAGAGAAGAGGCUCCUUCAACUGAAUAAGCUUAAGCUCUUUCCCCAGAAGCUGAAAUCCCAGUGGUCAGGACCAUUUGUGGUAACUAGAGUGUCGCCAUAUGGUCAUGUGGAACUUUGGGAAGAAAACUCAGAUAGAAGGUUCACUGUCAAUGGCCAGAGGAUAAAGCACUAUCUUGGAGGUGAGAUUGAUUUUCAGAAGCCCGUUUAA